CGUCAGAAGCAGCACAAAGGCAUUGCCACGUAAUUACAGGCUCCUAUUAAGUCGAUCUACCCUCCCAGGGGUCUCACAUUUUCAUGUAUUCCCUGGAAAUGCUCACCAGCGUGCCAGUGUGUGCCUUUUGAAGUGCAAUAGAGUUCCUUGAUCCAACUGAGAGCAGUGUCCAGCCGCCUUCCUCCGCGAGAGUAAUCCGAGGGAGUUGAUUCAUAGCUGUAAAGCAUCAUCUUUUCUGUAAACUUAGUCAUCUAUGCGAGUCAACUGGAGUAAGAAAGGGGGAACGAUUUUCCCGAAGAUGUUUUAAAAAGACAAGGCGUUUCAAGUUAUGUCCCGAAUGUUCUGUGUGUGGAAGUAAGCGAGGGCUGAAGCGAAAACAACGUGUUUACCAAUCUGCAAAAAACACGCUCGUGAUCUAUGCGACAAGACCCGUGAUCUACAAGUUACAGAAACCUGUGGGCUUACUGGUAACUGUUAUUCCAUCUGGAUAGCUAUUACUGUGAACUUUGUGACCUUUGUUUUGAAAAAGUAAAAGAAUAAAAAGACUGGUGUUUUUUAUUUAUUUAUUUAUUUUUUGUUGUUUUUUGGUGCUGGUUGUGUUUGUUGUAUAUAAGGAAUAUUUUGUGGGAUUUCAUUUUUAUUUUUCUUUGCAUUGAACGGUGUGAGUCAUGACUUCUGGUUAUGCCCAUGUAAUGGACAGGCAAGCUUCUAUUUCCAGUCGUCUGGAGAGCCCGAUUACAGCAAAUCUUGAAAAUCUUCAGGCUAAAAAGAACUUCACAGUAAGUCACCUGUUGGAUCUGGAGGAGGCAGGGGAGAUGGUGGGGACACACCCGGAGGAAGUUGCCGGAGAGGCGGGCAGGAGUAUGCUGGAGUCUCCUGGGCUGACAAGCGGCAGUGACACCACGCAGCAGGAGAAUGAUCAAUUAAACUCAGAGGAGAAGAAGAAACGGAAACAGCGACGUAACAGAACCACGUUCAACAGCAGCCAGUUACAGGCACUAGAGAGAGUUUUUGAGAGGACGCACUACCCCGAUGCCUUUGUGCGAGAGGACCUGGCACGCAGAGUGAACCUGACCGAGGCCCGAGUCCAGGUAUGGUUUCAGAACCGAAGGGCCAAGUUCCGCCGGAAUGAGCGAGCCAUGUUGGCCAGUAAAAAUGCCUCCCUGCUCAAGUCCUACUCUGGGGACGUGACAGCGGUGGAGCAGCCAAUCGUGCCUCGCCCUGCACCCCGACCCAAUGAUUACCUGUCGUGGGGCACUGCCUCUCCAUACAGCUGGUAUCCAAGUCCGGAAGGAGUGCCAAUGAGAGUCUCACAGAAAAUGCUGCCUUCAGAAUGCAAUGCCAUGGCUACCUACCCACCCACAUGUGCUGACACCAAUACCACCCAGGGAAUGAACAUGGCGAAUAGCAUCGCCAACCUGCGCCUCAAAGCAAAGGAGUACAGCUUAAACCAGGUGCCAACAGUGAACUGAAAGCAACAACCAAUAUGUGCUACAGGAUUAUGACUGCACCUGCUUUCACAAAGACCUGCCCAAGACUGACCAUGACUGGCAAAAUCCAUCUCCUGGGAAUUACAACUAAAGCUUACUCUACUUGGUGCAUCAUUCCAUUGAUGAACAUUUCUAAGAUUCGAAAUCCAAUCAGACAGUAAAAGACUGAAAACUUUGGAUGCUGUAACCCUAAUACAUUUGUAUAUAAUUAGAACAAAAAGCCCCCCCCCACCCAAAAAAAAAAAAACAAUACGUCUCUCGCCCGCAAAUAAACAGGCGCAGACACCAUGCAUUAGUAUUCAGUGUUUGAGAAGGUAUCACCUUGUCUAUUCAGAGACGCCUUUAUUGACGACCAUGGAUUUGAGAAGCUUCAAUCAAAAAAGUGAACCUUCUCAAUCACGCUAUCCUUGUGGACAGCAAACAAGCACAACCUUUCUGUCUCAAGCAACUUUAAAGAAAGAUUUUGGAUUUUAUCGACUGAUGUCGCUGGGAAUUAUAAGAACAAUAUAAAAGCUAUAGACUGGGUUGUCUUAAUUAAUUGAUUCUAUUUUUUUUUUUCAUUUUAUACCACGGACUAACAUGUGUCAACAAAGCAUUUUGUUUCAUAUAACUCAUUUUCAACAAACAAAACCAUACUUUUGAAAAAAAAAGUUGUUUCUUUUUGUAUUAUAUCUGUAUUUCUUAUUGAAGGUUACGAUUUUGAAUAUAAUAAAAUAUGCCGUACAAACAA